CGAAAACAAAAUAAAAUGCGGCAAUUUAAUCGUAAAUUUGUAACCAUUUUUGAACGGAUUUGUGUUUUUCGUCGUUGCACUCAUGUGAAACACAAGAUGCAAUUGCAUAUUCGAGGACUGAACACUCACGUCCUGGACGUGCAGCCCCAGGAAACAAUCAGCGACAUCAAGGCCAAGCUUGCUGCACUAGAAAACAUCAACGAUGCCGACCAGUUGGUGCUGUCCUGCGAAGGAACCAUCCUGGCUAGCGAUUCCGCAGUAGCCAGCCUUUCGUCGAUCGAGCUGGACCUGACCGUUUCGUUGCUCGGUGGUAAAGUGCACGGUUCAUUGGCUCGUGCCGGUAAGGUAAAGGGACAAACACCGAAGGUCGAGAAAAAGGAGAAGAAGAAGAAGCGCACUGGCCGUGCCAAGCGUCGCAUCCAGUACAACCGUAACUUCUCCAAUGCGGUGCAGGCCUUCGGCCGACGACGUGGACCGAACGCGAACUCGACGUAGGCGGUGUUAUGCGAGUGGGUUGGACUAGCGUGUUGAACCGCAAGCGUAUGCAAGGGAAUAAACUUUAAUCCUUUAAUUAUUAA